GUAGGAAAUAACUACGAUUAGUUGCUAAUUCCUGCUCUGGUUCAAGAGGAUAUCUGCUAAGUGCAUCCAGGACAAUCAGUUCCAUACGACUCAUUCCAGCAAGAAAAGUCGCACCGGCAGAGAUUGGAGGGCGGCAUUUCGGAAUCCGCAUCGUGUUUCAACGAAUCGGUCGCUGGCUGUCCGUCCCGGAACGAAGAUACGGGCGGAAGAUAAAGGUCACCAAUUACUCGCCACCAAGGUUAAUUGAAACGAAACCUUUCGCGGUCCACAAAAUACAAAAAAAAAUCUCCUCGCGACGGUUACACGACGCAAGAUUAAUGACCAAUUAUCCUACCUUUGUCGCGGCUUCUCACAACAUUCACUUAACGGCCCCACUUCCAGUAAGUGCUCCUAGACGGCAAUGACUCUUAAUUUAUGUGGCACACCAUCCACCGUUGAAAAACAACAACCACAAAACGAAAAUGACCAUCUUUCUGUGGCAAUUACUCGGCCUUACCAGGAUACCUAAAAACGCCUAAAUUAACGUGUGCCGAAUAACUUCCAAAACCAAGAAAAGAAAAUCAUCUCCCCAUUUUACGAGAGAAUAAAAUCUUCAUUAGCAUCCGAAGCCCACGAAAGCGGUCGGCUUCGUCCGUGAUAGAACCGUCCAGCCGAUCCGCGCCGGUAGAUGACCAACAAAAUGGCCAAACAUCACCAUCAUCAUCAGCACCCCCAGAACACGAACCGGUCCCCCCGGUUGCGCUACAUGACCUCCCACUCGCAAUCCUUCAUGAGCGACUACGGCGAAAUGACCGAGAUGAUGUCGCUGGACGAGUCGGACAAUCUGCUGGACGAGCGGUACGGCGUUUCCGGCCCGACCAUUCAGGUCAUCAGCGGGUCCGCCUACAAUGGGGGCUCAGCGGGGCCGAGCAGCCACCACCAGCACCGACAGCUGCAGCAGAUGGAAGAGCUGGGAAUCGGGUUCGCCGACGGAAGUUACAACAGUAAGCUGCUGUCGCCGGCGGUUACGAUUGUGGAGAUGACCACCGGAGGCUUGCUCCCGAAUUCGGGCAAUAUGAGGCAGAAGAACUUUAAAAACAAAUCGGCGGUCGCGGCUGCUGCUGCCAUGGCUGCCACCGGGGAACAAACAUCGCUCAACGCUAUCGGCCUUCAACUAUCGGUGGACCGCGGGGGUCCGCAGGAGUGGGGCGAGGCAACGCGCAGCUAUGUGAAGGCCCAGCGGCGGCACGCCGGACGGGCAACAUUCCAGGGCCAGGUGUACAAUUUCUUGGAGCGCCCCGCCGGCUACAAGUGUUUUAUUUACCAUGUCGCAGUGUUUAUGCUCGUGCUGGUGUGUCUGAUAUUUAGCGUGCUAUCGACGAUCGAGGAGUACAGUAAGUUCGCGAACGAGACCUUAUUCUGGAUGGAGAUCUGCCUGGUGGUGUUCUUCGGCGUGGAAUACCUGGUGCGGCUCUGGUCGGCCGGCUGCCGGUCCAAGUACAUGGGCUUCUGCGGCCGGCUGCGGUUCAUCCGCAAGCCGAUUUGUAUUAUAGAUUUAAUAGUAGUAGUAGCAUCGAUGGUUGUGCUGUCAGUUGGCUCAAAUGGACAAGUGUUCGCCACUAGUGCCAUCCGAGGCAUUCGGUUUCUGCAGAUCCUCCGGAUGUUGCAUGUGGACCGGCAGGGUGGUACCUGGCGCCUUCUUGGAUCCGUCGUUUUCAUUCAUCGGCAGGAACUGAUAACGACGCUGUACAUUGGAUUCCUGGGGCUAAUAUUUAGCUCGUAUUUUGUGUAUCUAGCGGAAAAGGACGUAACGGGGCCGGACGGACGGCAGGACUUUGCCAGCUAUGCGGACGCCCUGUGGUGGGGAGUUAUCACCGUGACGACAAUAGGCUACGGAGACACAGUGCCGCAGACGUGGAUGGGAAAAAUUGUGGCGUCCUGCUUUAGCGUGUUUGCAAUUUCGUUCUUCGCACUUCCAGCGGGCAUCCUUGGAUCCGGCUUCGCGCUCAAAGUGCAACAAAAGCAGCGCCAGAAGCACUUCAACCGCCAGAUCCCGGCGGCGGCGAUGCUGAUCCAGUGUCUGUGGCGGUGCUACGCCGCCGACAAGAGCUUCCGCUCGGACGCCACCUGGCAGAUCUACGUCAAGUCCGACGACCAGAACGCGAACAACUCCAACACCAGCACCGCCCUACCCGCGCAGCUGGGCAAAACCCUAAUGGUACAGGUGGCGAGACGCGGUGCAUCGGUCCUCAAACGGCGCAAGUCCCGGAACCGGAUGGAGGCUCCCGGGUUGAAAAACUCCUCUGCGGCAGGGGCGACAUCGUCGUCAGCGGCAGCAGCAGCACCAGCAACGAUACAGUCCAGUAACGCUGGGUCCGGUAUUGUGGGUCCCCCAUCGGCGACGGCGGGUACCGCAUCCAGUGGGACCGGGACGGUGGGGACCCCAGGACCGGGCUCCGGUGUUGGGUCGUCAGCCGUGGCACUGAUGGGAAGUGAGAAUACGCUCAAUACGCCGAUCACGCCGGCAGCCGAAUCGGCACUGUCCAAGAGCGAAUCGGAUGGAGAUGUUGUCUUCUACAUGGAGGAGCCACGGGCAGCGGGGACGCCAUCGCGGACGCGGAGAAAUGAUCCAAACCGGGGUGCAUUUGUUAGCCAAAACAGCUCUGUGACGGAGGCACCCAGCGACGAGGUGGAAGCGGAACCGGAGCCGGAUGACGAACCGGAACCGGCACGAGUAACGCAACUGACGGAAGCGCACCGGAAUGCAAUCCGGGCGAUCCGAAAAAUCAAGUACUUCGUCGCUCGACGCAAAUUCCAGCAGGCCCGAAAACCGUACGACGUCCGCGAUGUGAUCGAGCAGUACUCCCAGGGCCACCUGAACAUGAUGGUCCGCAUCAAGGAGCUCCAGAGGCGGCUGGACCAAACCCUGGGCAAACCGGGCAGCUAUCUGGCCGGGAUCGAUCGGGUCGGCAACAUCAAACCGAUGACCGUCGGUGCUCGGCUGUAUCGCGUCGAGCAGCAACUAAAUUUGAUGGAUAAGAAAAUAGACACGCUGCUUCACGCCAUCAAUGCAAUGGCGAUUCAGCAGAAGAUGAUAUUACCUCCAAUGCAGUCGCAGAUGUCCCAACAGCAGCAGCACCAGCAUCAGAUGGUGGCCAGCUUGAGCCAAUUGCCGCCGUUGCAGCUGCCCGCGGCACCCUCGCAAGCGAACUCGCCAACGCCGACCAAAUGCCUCGAAGAAGAUGUAUAAUAUUGGAUUUAAGUCCCCUUUCCCUAGCCAGUUUGGUCCUUGAGAGAUUAGCAACAAACACCUACUUGAGAAUUCCAAAUAAACUGCACCAAGUAUAGCGGCAAGAUGCGAUCGUCGAACAAAGGUUUAACUUUAAGACACAGUGAGAACGUGUGAGAGUUAGCGGUUAAGUAAGCAAAUUCAGUCUCUAGUAGUAAUAGUCAAUUGAGCAAAGUGGUUUUUAACAAAUUCAACUCUAAAUAUUUAAGUAAAUGAUAAAUAGUGAAUUGAGAUGACGCAGAAUAAACAGAGAGAAGCAAGAUGCAUUUAAUACCAAAAAAAGAACUUUGAUAAAUCAUAAGCUAAGUAAUCUAAUGAAAGAAGCACAACAACUAAAAUUAAAAUUAAAUUAAAUCCCUUAACUUAUUUCUCGACCCUUCAAACUGCACACAAAACAAUAAAAAUUGCAAAUAAACUAGCAACAAAAAAAAAAAAUAAGGCGAACAAACGAAUGCAGCCCACACUCUAUUUGUACAUUGUCGGUAAACGAAACUGAACAUUUUCAAAAUGGCCUAUCGAAUUCUGCGAACAGCACGACAAACAUUCCGCAAAACUUACAAACAGACAACACAGUAUAAAGCAGCCAACUACGGACCACACCCUACUCAGUCACAUCCACAAACAAGGAGGGAUUACAAUCUC